CCCUUGAAGCUGCCGCAUCGAGAAGCGCAAGAAACAAGCCAAACAAUGUUAUUGGUGACGUCGCUGCAGCUCUUCUUGCUGCUCUUAUCAGCGCCACGGCAGUUGGUCGCUUUCAGAUAUUCCGACUAUGAAGACGUUGGUUUUUAUGGGGCACGUGGCGCAAAUGCGGAAUGUAACGCCCACAUGGUAAUUAAGAGCUGGAUAAAUGAGCAGAUUCUGACGAAUGCAAAGUUAACCAGUUUCAACCUAAACUUGGGCAAGAUGCUGGAGGCAAUAAAUAGCACGAAUCCCAAUCAGGCCGGAGAGGAGCAUUGCUGUUUCUACGAGAAUCGAACGAUGAAUACUGUAUUCGCAGGCCUAGGGAAUCUGUCGGCCAUCAGCGAUACGCCCAAUGUCAACCCACUCGAAGCAACUGGCGAUUUGGGCAAAGAUCUGGACAUCAUUUUGGAUCAAAUGAAAGCAAUAUCAUCGAAGAAAAUGAAAACUUGCUGCGAGCAAUUGGCGGAAAAUCUGAAAGCAGUCGAAGCUGAUUUGUUGAACAAACUGGAGGAGCUACGCAAGAAAAUGAAGCAACAGCACGGAGAUGUCAACAGCCAAACAAAUGAGCUAAAGCAAAAGCAAACCGAUCUAGAGAAUCAAUUGAAGAAUGUCACGAAUCGCAUCGAACAGCUGGAGAAGCAGCAGAACGUCAACAAAGAGGAGGCGGCUAAAUGUUGCAAGGAGUUGAACGACAAAGUGAAUGAAUUGAAGACGCAGCUAGAGCAAGCCAAAGCUGAGGCUAGCGAGAAAGCCAAACAGCUGGAGAAGGACAUCAACGAUCUAAAUCAGAAGCAACAGGAGCAUGCGAAUAAGUUGAAUAUUCUACAAAAAGAAACCGAGAAACAAAUGACAAUUAUUUCUCAAACUACUCGAGUUUGCAUUGAUAACUGUGGAAGUGGAACAGGUGGAAACGGGAAUGGAGGCGGGAGUGGAAGCGGGAGUGGAGGCGGGAGUGGAGGCGGGAGUGGAGGCGGGAGUGGAGGCGGGAGUGGAGGCGGGAGUGGAGGCGGGAGUGAAGGCGGGAGUGAAGGCGUGAGUGGAGGCGGGAGUGGAGGCGGGAGUGGAAUUGGAGGUGGAACUGGAAAUGGAACUGGAAAUGGAACCGGAACUGGAACUGGAUCUGGAAGUGGAAGUGGAUCAACUGACAAUGAAGCAUUACUGAACAGAAUCAAAGAACUGGAGAAACUGAUUUCUAAUCUGAUCGAUAAGUUCAAUCAAUUGUCCAAUAUAACAACCGCUAUAGCAAAUUGUUCGAAAAUCGAGUCUGAACUAAACCAAAUCCAUAAUAUACUCAAUCAACUGGGUAAUCAAACGGCAGUAGCGCCAGGAAACAACAAUUGUCCCUCCCUGGUGGAAUUGCAGACAGAAAUUGAAAAGGCCAAGCAGUGCUGCAAGAAAAUCGACGAAUUGUCCCAGAAACUGGAUAACAUGAUGAAACAAAUUGAGGAAUUAAAUAAUAAGUACACAAAUCAUGUGACACAGCUUGAAACGAGCUUAAGUCAAGUGCAAGAACAGCUCGAUAAUACUUUGGCACAAUUGCAGAAUAUGUCCAUAACAACACAAACAUGCCCUAACGGCAAUGGAACCGCCAAUGGAACCCAGACCCUGGACGAUCGCAUUACAAAUCUACAGAAUCAGCUUAACUCGCUGAAAAAAAUUCUGAGCAUAACCCAAAUAAAUCUCAAUAAUAAUGAAGCAAAGCUCAUCCAGGUUGAAAAAACUCUCCAGGAAAAAUGGAGAGAAUUUCAAAUGAUAAAUGCGGACCGCCUGAGGAAUGCGAGCGAAUUCAAGGAGCAGAUGGAGAAUCGAUUGAAUGAACUGCAGCUCCUAUUGAGCAACAAUUCAAGUAAGCCCGAUCAAAACCUAAUUGAGCGCAUUAUUAAGUUGGAAAAGCUACAUGAGGAAAUGCGAGUGGAUAUAGAGAGGAUACUUAAGCUGGAAAAGAUGUUUUCAGAUCUGGAAAAUCAGCUUCAAGCGACGCUGCAAAAGCUGCAAGACAACGAUGCAAAGUUUAAAGAAUGUGCCUUGAGAUGCUCAAAGUUGGAUGAGCUGAAUGAUCUGAUCGAUCGCUUGGAAGACGUGGAGAAGCUUGUUUUAAGUACGCCAGGUCGGCCAACAACAGCAACCAAAACCACCACCACCACCACCGCCACCACCACCACUAAAGCAAAACCCAGACCAAGCACUCGCGAAAUCAUUAACUACGUCAAGCCCACUCGAUAUACUGGGGCUAUCAGCAUAUUAGGCAGUGCUGACGAUCCCAUAGUUAUAUAUGAGCGACAAAAACGGCAAGUAUAAACGGGAAAGAUAAACGAGAAGUAUAAAAAUAUUAUGCUGAAAAAUGUUCUUCUAAAACCAUGCAAUUAAUCAAAUUUUUCCAUCGGAAAUUCUUUAAUCAUAUUAUCUUAUAUAUGAUAUUUUUAACCUUUUGAUCGAAUUAUAUAAAAAUUUGCACACGCUUAACAGA